AUUUAACGUUGCCACUACACGAAUUUUUGACCAGAUGGCAAUAUUUCUUUUCACGAAAAACGUUUAGCGAUUCCGUGCUGCAGCCGCUUUUAAGAGGUAAACAUGCCAGAGCUAACUGAAAUCAAAAACGAAGCACCUUCGACCUCCGCUGAGGCGAAGCAACCGGAGGAUGGGGAUGUACGCGUCGAGGAUGAUGGCAGCGAGAGCGAUUCGGAUAUGAUUCCCGAAUUGGAGGAGGCUGAAACCGGCACCACACAGCUGGGCGGCGGUGCCACAGGGUUGCCCAUUGAUAUGGUUUCCAAGGCAAAGCAGUCGCGCGGCGAGAAGAAGGCACGGAAAAUCAUGCUGAAGCUUGGGCUGAAGCAGAUUCAAGGUGUUAACCGCGUGACUAUACGCAAGUCGAAGAACAUCUUGUUCGUCAUCAAUAAUCCAGAUGUGUACAAGAACCCCCACAGUGACACUUACAUUGUAUUCGGUGAGGCUAAGAUCGAAGACUUGUCGCAGCAGGCUCAAGUGGCUGCCGCCGAGAAGUUCAAGGCACCAGAAGGUCCUCUUGCUACUGAUAGCGUCGGUGCCACCACUUCUGUGGCACCAAUUGCCGAAGAAGAUGAGGAAGAGGUUGACGGAACGGACGUCGAUGAAAAGGACAUUGAGUUGGUUAUAACGCAGGCGAAUACGACGCGUGGAAAGGCCAUUAAGGCGCUGAAGAACAACAGAAACGACAUCGUAAAUGCCAUUAUGGAGCUAACUAUGCUCUAAGGCGCUGGAACGCAGGAACAUCGUUGCUUUCGUUUAUUACCCGCCUUUCGAUAAACUACAAAUAAAUAAACAAAUCCCCAAUCCCAAAUGUUAUGCGUCUCCGCAUGUUAAGCACCAGUCGAACAUUUAACAUACAAUAACAGGAGAAGAAUAAAGUGACAUGCUUUUAAAAGUCAAA